UUCCAGAUAAUGAUGACGCACAAAACUGCACCAGUUAAUUGCCACAAUCAUUACACUGAUGGUAAGAAUAAAGACGUUUGCCCUCUUUUCAUUUCCUUACGUCUCUUUUUCCUGGUGUUGUCUAUAACAACUGCCAUGAAGGAGUGAAAAGUCCGGCUUUUUUUUCUGCGAGAUCGAAAUACGGUCAGACUACGAGUUGUCCCCAUUUUUCCUCAGGGAUAGUAGAGCGAGCGAAAUGCGAGCGCGCGUGAAAAUCACCCCACGCCAGAAAGGCGAGACGCGGCAGGGAGAGAGAAGAAUCACCGCGUCAUAGUCCGCGGUGAUUGCGCGUCCGCACAAAGCGUAUUUAAAUAGUUUAAUUGUUCGGCACGUCUACAUGAAAACACUAAAACGAUGAAUUUAGACAGCAUUCCUUAAAAGAGCAUGAUGAAUGACAUCAAUCGUUUUCGAAAACCUCCGUCCAUCCACAAGUAAACGAGAAGCCGGCGUUUUCGGCAGUUUUGGUGUCCGAAACUGCGUUUCCGCGUGGACGGAAGGCUAGACUGUACGAUCGGAAGAGGGAUUACCCUCCAUCAAUAAAAAUAACCAUGUUUUUUUUUUUGCUGGUGAAACAAAGUAAAAGGAAACUUUCUGGGGUGUCUAAUUUUGCGAAAAAAAAAGCGUUAACUCAAAUUUCUUCUUCUUAUUAUUAUUCGUCCACGCCAUCGAAUCUUAAGGACUCUAUUAAGGGAAGGGGAGUGGGGGGGCUCUUAUUUGCUUUUUUUUUUUUUUUUGCCUUAUUUAUGGAAACACGGUAUUUUGAGGAGACUGAUAACAGUUACCACGACUUUUUUCAACAUUCUUACAAACAAAAUCUGGGAAGCUUUACUACGACGUCCUCUGUGCCAUUAGAAAAAGAAAUUCAAAACUAAACAAAACAGAGAUGUUCAAAUGGGAAAGAAGACAAUUUUCUUUGAAAGUGUUUCCUUCAUUGAAUGAAACAGUCAUGAUGUAACCACUAGCGAAGUGGCUAGGAUGCUUUUAAGUGAUUAUUCACUUUUUUAUUCACAAUUUUGUAGAUCAAAACCAAUUAUUUCUUUUUUAGUACUAUUAAAAAAAUAAAAAAGGACAAAGAAGGUAUGGAAGGAGUGUUAAGCAACCAGUGUGCUUAAACACUUUCAAAGAGAAACAGCUGGUUGAUCUGGUUUCCACAUGCAAGCUACAAUCGCUGGAAAAGAUCGCUCGAUCGUUGGGAUUUCAACUAUCGCAAUGAUCGUACUUUUUUAAAAUUUUUUUUUUUUAUCAGCGGUCAAGCGGUUCUGUUUUAGCCUUUUGAAACGUCUCAUCUUCUUCUUUGUUUACUGUAGGUCCGAUGUUGCCGGUGUCGAAGGUUCUCCAAGAAAUUUUGGCAAGCAAUAAUGGAAUUCAUGAACGAUAAAUCACUUCUAUUUAUGGACACGUCUCUACUUUUAAAGAUGGAGUCUAAAAUAUUCAUCACGGUAAUAUCAUGAGUGACAAAUAACUCCUAAAUUUGGCGCCAAAUUUCAGCGUUAAUUUUGUAUUUUUACAUGCGAAAUGACAUAAUCCCCAUGGCAACGUUCUCUAUAUCUCGGUGCCAAGGUGGUGCCCAGGCUCUGGUUGUUCAAAGGUUGAAUAGCGCUAUCCACCGGAUAACUUAUUAAAGGCAUCCAAUUGCGUAGCCUCCUCUGCAGACGUUCUUAGGGGUUCGUCACGCAUUCCUUCCCCCACGAAAGGGAAGGGAUUGCGUGACAAGCCAAAAGGAGUCCAGUGAAUAGCGUUCUCCAUAUUUUGAACUCCUGGGGCCAGUUUUAAAGAAUGUUGCGAAUGAAGGUCUCAGAGUACGAAAGAGCACCAUUUUUAAAAGCCAGAAGAAUGCCAAUGGUAUUUAAAUUUUAGUCUAAAAAUAAAGAAGAUUGUGAACUUAAAAUUAUGCUGCAAACUUUUCACUGUGUAGUGUUCUCGAUACCAGUCUAAACUGUCCAUUGUGUACUAUAUUUGUCACCCAUGAUAUUAAUAGGUAGUCAAAUGGCAUACUUGUGAAUUAGAAAAUAGUUUCGAAUGUGUUUUCAAAAUUCUAAUAAUUUCCCUCGACUUAAUAUGGAAAAAAUCGUUAGACUUUUGACAAAAUGCGCGUGAAAAUAUUUCCUAAUGUCACUCGUCACCAUUUGAUUACACAUAAUAAUAGUAUUUAAUACAGUUAUAAUUAAUUAAAACUUAUAAUUUUAAAUGAAAAGAAAUUUAAUUAAUUGAUAAUUUUUUAGAUUUUGUUAAGUAAGUUGGGCCCGUUUCAAACGUCGUGCUACUGCUGUGCCGAACUCAAUUGAUCGAAUUAAAUUCGACUUCAGAACGGCAGUAGCGCGACGUUUGAAACCAAGUCGUGCUACUGCCUUGCCGUGCUACACGCAGGGGCACCCAGCGGCAAUUUUCGGGAAAAUAUCUGUUCGGAAGACGAUUUGAGAUCUAGAAUUUUCGAAACAUUUGUUGUAAAAUUUUUUGCUUGCCUACCUCUCCUAGGAUUUUCGAACAUCUACAAAAUGGUAUAAUUGCCCAUUUUCAACGGAUUUUGACCCUAAAAAAGGCCACAUUUUUUUUCUAAAUCGCAUCUUUUCCAAAUGGCGUGAAAUUUUCGAGAACCGCAUCAUUUCUUUUUAUCCCUAUUUUUUUCGGAUAAAUUUUUGAUCUUUAAGUUAAGAAACAAAACAGAUGAAAAGUUUUUAGGGGAUAAAAAUAUGCCUAUAUCUACCGUUUAAAUACUAAAAUACGUUGAACAAUGCUAUGUGAAGUGGUUUUGAACUAUAUCCUCGUUGGGUGCCCAUGUACACGGCAGUAGCUCGACUUGGUUUCAAACGUCGUGCAACCGCCAUGCCGAACUCAAUUCAUGAAUUAUAAAUACAUCAGAAUACAUUUUAAAGUGUGUCAUUACCCAUU